AAUGCACUUUCUGCAACCGGAAGUUGAUGUCCGUAAAUGGCGGAGGUCCGGUAAACACAAAGUUGGAUACCGACGGCGACGGUACGCCAGACUAUCUGGAUUUUGAUGACGACAACGACGGCGUACCCGACGAAAACGAUCGCGAUGAUGACGGCGAUGGUAUUCCGGACGAUAAAGAGGACUACGAUUCCAAGUUGGACGAGGUCGACGAGUACUUGGAGACGUACGAAUCCUUGCUCGCAGAGCGGGCAGAUUCCCAGGAUGAUGCGGGGAACGAUGUAGAGGAUGUUGAAGGGGAUGGCACCAUCGAUGUUGACGUGCAGAGAAAUCAGCACGGCGGCUCUGACAUGCCUGAUAUGCUGGAACGGGAUACGGAUGGGGAUGGUAUUCCCGACCAUCUUGACGACGACGACGACGGGGAUGGUAUACCGGACAGUGAGGAUAAAGAUGACGAUGGGGAUGGAAUUCCUGACGAGAAAGAAAUUGAUUCUGAUGGUGAUGGUGUACCUGAUCAUCUAGACGAUGAUGAUGAUAAUGAUGGUAUUCCGGAUAGUCAGGAUAAUGACGAUGAUGGGGAUGGUAUUCCCGAUGAUAAGGAAAAAGACACAGAUGGUGAUGGUAUUCCAGAUCAUUUAGAUGAUGAUGAUGAUAAUGAUGGUAUUCCGGAUAGUCAGGAUAAUGACGAUGAUGGGGAUGGUAUUCCCGAUGAUAAGGAAAAAGACACAGAUGGUGAUGGUAUUCCCGAUCAUCUAGAUGAUGAUGAUGAUAAUGAUGGUAUUCCGGAUAGUCAGGAUAAAGACGAUGAUGGGGAUGGUAUUCCGGAUGAUCAGGAAGUAGAUACAGAUGGUGAUGGUAUUCCUGAUCAUUUAGAUGAUGAUGACGAUAAUGAUGGUAUUCCGGAUAGUCAGGAUAAUGACGAUGAUGGUGAUGGUAUUCCCGAUGAUCAGGAAAAGGACACAGAUGGUGAUGGUAUUCCAGAUCAUUUGGAUGAUGAUGAUGAUAAUGAUGGUAUUCCGGAUAAUCAGGAUAAUGACGAUGAUGGUGAUGGUAUUCCGGAUGAUCAGGAAGUAGAUACAGAUGGUGAUGGUAUUCCUGAUCAUUUAGAUGAUGAUGAUGAUAAUGAUGGUAUUCCGGAUAGUCAGGAUAAUGAUGAUGAUGGUGAUGGUAUUCCCGAUGAUCAGGAAAAGGACACAGAUGGUGAUGGUAUUCCAGAUCAUUUGGAUGAUGAUGAUGAUAAUGAUGGUAUUCCGGAUAGUCAGGAUAAUGACGAUGAUGGGGAUGGUAUUCCGGAUGAUCAGGAAAAGGACACAGAUGGUGAUGGUAUUCCUGAUCAUUUAGAUGAUGAUGACGAUAAUGAUGGUAUUCCGGAUAGUCAGGAUAAUGAUGAUGAUGGUGAUGGUAUUCCCGAUGAUCAGGAAAAAGACACAGAUGGUGAUGGCAUUCCCGAUCAUCUAGACGAUGAUGAUGAUAAUGAUGGUAUUCCGGAUAGUCAGGAUAAUGAUGAUGAUGGUGAUGGUAUUCCCGAUGAUCAGGAAAAGGACACAGAUGGUGAUGGUAUUCCAGAUCAUUUGGAUGAUGAUGAUGAUAAUGAUGGUAUUCCGGAUAGCCAGGAUAAUGACGAUGAUGGGGAUGGUAUUCCCGAUAAUCAGGAAGUAGAUACUGAUGGUGAUGGUAUUCCAGAUCAUUUAGAUGAUGAUGAUGAUAAUGAUGGUAUUCCGGAUAGUCAGGAUAAUGAUGAUGAUGGUGAUGGUAUUCCCGAUGAUCAGGAAAAGGACACAGAUGGUGAUGGUAUUCCAGAUCAUUUGGAUGAUGAUGAUGAUAAUGAUGGUAUUCCGGAUAGUCAGGAUAAUGACGAUGAUGGUGAUGGUAUUCCCGAUGAUCAGGAAAAAGACACAGAUGGUGAUGGCAUUCCUGAUCAUCUAGACGAUGAUGAUGAUAAUGAUGGUAUUCCAGAUAGUCAGGAUAAUGAUGAUGAUGGUGAUGGUAUUCCGGAUGAUAAGGAAAAAGACACAGAUGGUGAUGUUAUUCCAGAUCAUUUAGAUGAUGAUGAUGAUAAUGAUGGUAUUCCGGAUAGUCAGGAUAAGGAUGAUGAUGGUGAUGGUAUUCCGGAUGAUCAGGAAAAGGACACAGAUGGUGAUGGUAUUCCAGAUCAUUUGGAUGAUGAUGAUGAUAAUGAUGGUAUUCCGGAUAGUCAAGAUAAGGAUGAUGAUGGGGAUGGUAUUCCCGAUGAUCAAGAAGUAGACACGGAUGGUGAUGGUAUUCCCGAUCACCUAGACGAUGAUGAUGAUAAUGAUGGUAUUCCGGAUAGUCAGGAUAAGGAUGAUGAUGGUGAUGGUAUUCCCGAUGAUCAGGAAAAGGACACAGAUGGUGAUGGUAUUCCAGAUCAUUUGGAUGAUGAUGAUGAUAAUGAUGGUAUUCCGGAUAGUCAGGAUAAUGACGAUGAUGGGGAUGGUAUUCCCGAUAAUCAGGAAGUAGAUACUGAUGGUGAUGGUAUUCCAGAUCAUCUAGACGAUGAUGAUGAUAAUGAUGGUAUUCCGGAUAGUCAGGAUAAUGAUGAUGAUGGGGAUGGUAUUCCCGAUAAUCAGGAAGUAGAUACAGAUGGUGAUGGCAUUCCAGAUCAUUUGGAUGAUGAUGAUGAUAAUGAUGGUAUUCCUGAUAGUCAGGACAAUACCAAUAACGAGCCUGAUUACCUAGAAAAAGAUACUGAUGGUGACGGAAUACCAGAUUACUUAGACGAUGAUAUUGAUGGUGAUGGUAUUCCAAAUGACAAAGACGAAGAUGACGAUGGGGAUGGUAUCCCGGAUAAGGAGGAGGAUUCGGAUGGUGAUGGUAUACCAGAUUACAUCGACGAAGACGACGACGGAAAUGGUAUCCCAGAUCACUUGGAAAACGAUACCGAUGGUGAUGGUAUUCCAGAUUAUCUUGACAAUGAUAUUGAUGGGGAUGGUAUCCCGAAUGACCAAGACAAUGAUGAUGAUGGUGAUGGUAUACCUGAUAACUGGGAAGGAGACAGCGAUGGAGAUGGUAUCCCAGAUUACCAGGAAGAUACUGACGGGGAUGGUAUUCCGGACUACUUGGAUGAUGAUAUUGAUGGUGAUGGUAUUCCUAAUGAAGAUGACGAAGACGAUGAUGGGGAUGGUAUUCCCGACAGUUGGGAGAGGGACAGUGAUGGUGAUGGUGUUCCUGACUAUAAGGAAGACACUGAUGGUGACGGCGUGCCAGAUUAUUUGGACGAUGAUAUCGAUGGUGAUGGUAUUCCAAACGAUCAGGAUGAAGAUGACGACGGUGAUGGUAUACCGGAUCACUUAGAAAAAGAUACGGAUGGUGACGGUGUGCCAGAUUUUUUAGACGAUGACGUCGACGGAGAUGGUAUCCCUAACGAUCAAGACGACGACGACGAUGGUGAUGGUAUUCCCGAUUCACAGGAAGAUGAAGAUGGUGAUGGUAUUCCUGACCACCUGGAUGAUGACGAUGAUGGGGAUGGAAUUCCCGAUCACCUGGAGGGCGAUAGUGAUGGUGAUGGUGUGCCCGACUACCUGGAAGACGCGGAUGGGGAUGGGGUCCCUGAUUAUCUGGAUGAUGAUAUUGAUGGUGAUGGUAUUCCUAAUGCUCAGGAUGACGAUGAUGACGGAGAUGGUAUACCCGAUGGUUGGGAAGGGGACAGCGAUGGGGAUGGAAUACCAGAUUAUCAAGAGGACACGGAUGGUGAUGGUAUCCCGGAUUAUUUAGAUGAUGACAUUGAUGGCGAUGGUAUUCCAAAUGAUAAAGACGACGACGAUGAUGGGGAUGGUAUCCCGGAUGUGUUGGACAAAGAUUCGGAUGGUGAUGGUAUACCUGAUUAUUUAGAAGAUACGGAUGGUGAUGGUAUACCUGAUCACUUAGAUGACGAUAUUGAUGGUGAUGGAAUUCCGAACGACCUGGAUGAGGAUGAUGAUGGGGAUGGUAUAUCCGAUGAGAUGGAAAAAGAUACGGACGGAGACGGCGUGCCUGAUUAUUUAGACGACGAUGAUGAUGGUGAUGGUAUACCGGACCAUCUAGAAGUUGAUACAGAUGGUGAUGGUAUCCCAGAUUACAAAGACGACGAUAUAGACGGGGAUGGUAUACCGAACGACCAAGAUGAAGACGACGACGGAGAUGGUAUUCCGGACGUCUUGGAAAAAGACACGGAUGGUGAUGGUAUCCCAGACUACCUCGACAACGACGACGACGGCAACGGAAUUCCGGAUAAUUUAGAGGUAGACACGGAUGGUGAUGGGAUCCCUGAUUAUCUAGAUGACGACGAUGAUAACGAUGGUAUCCCCGAUAGCUUGGACGACGAUGAUGAUGGUGAUGGUAUACCCGACAAUCUGGAAACCGACACAGACGGAGAUGGAAUACCCGAUUUACUCGACGACGAUGACGAUAAUGAUGGCGUCCCGGACCAUCUCGACGAUGACCAAGAUGGUGAUGGUAUUCCGGACGUGUAUCAGGUAGACACGGAUGGGGAUGGUAUCCCGGAUUAUCUAGACGACGACGACGACAAUGAUGGAAUACCAGAUUCACAAGACAACGAUGACAACAACAACGGCAUCCCCGACGACCAGGAGGUCGAUACAGACGGGGAUGGUAUUCCCGAUUACAUAGACGAUGACGACGAUAAUGAUGGUAUUCCUGAUUACAUCGACGACGACGCUGACGGAAAUGGUGUUCCGGAUUUUCAAGAAAUCGACACAGACGGCGAUGGUAUUCCGGACUACAUCGACGAAGACGACGACAACGAUGGUAUUCCUGAUAGCCUGGAUGAUGACGAUGAUGGCGAUGGUAUUCCGGACAGUCAGGAAAUCGAUUCGGAUGGAGAUGGUAUCCCCGAUAAUUUAGACGAUGACGACGACAAUAACGGAAUAAAAGACCAUCUUGAAAAAGACACGGAUGGUGAUGGAAUACCAGACUAUCUUGAUGACGAUGAUGACAACGAUGGCAUUCCCGAUGACUUGGAUGACGACGACGAUGGAGAUGGUAUUCCGGAUCAGUUAAAGACUCUGGAUUUAAAUAAGAAUAGUAUCCCCGAUUAUCAAGAAAUCGAUACCGAUAGCGACGGCAUUCCUGAUUAUUUAGACGACGAUGACGAUAACGAUGGUAUACCUGAUGACCUAGACGACGAUGAUGAUGGUGAUGGUAUCCCAGACGAUCAGGAAAUCGACACGGAUGGUGAUGGUGUUCCAGAUUACCUCGACGAUGAUGAUGACAAUGAUGGUAUCCCAGACGAUGAAGAUGCGGAUGCGGAUGGUGAUGGUAUUCCAGAUGAUGAAGAAGAUGACACCGACGGUGAUGGGGUCCCAGAUUAUCUAGACGACGAUGACGAUAACGACGGAGUCCCUGAUUCGAAGGACACAGACAAAGACGGAAAUGGAAUACCAGACUUCAUGGAAAAAGACACCGAUGGAGAUGGGAUCCCAGACUAUUUAGAUGACGACGACGACAACGAUGGAAUUCCGGAUUUCUUAGACAACGAUGACGACGGUGACGGUAUACCAGAUGACAAGGAAGAUUUCGACGGAGAUGGAAUUCCCGAUCAUUUAGACGAUGACGCCGAUGGAGAUGGUAUCCCGGAUAAACUUCCAGACUCUGAUGGUGAUGGUAUUCCCGAUAUAAGAGACGACGACGACGAUAACGACGGCAUUCCAGACGCUCAGGAAGACACAGAUGGUGAUGGUAUACCUGAUUAUAUGGACGACGAUGCGGAUGGUGAUGGUAUAUUGGACAAAGAGCAGGACUCUGAUGGUGAUGGUAUUCCGGAUCAUUUGGACGAUGACGACGACAACGAUGGCAUUCCAGACAGCAUCGAUAAGGACGAUGAUGGUGAUGGUAUACCUGAUGGUCAAGACAAGGGCAAGUGCGAUAAGACGAGCUGCCCACAAAAACCGAUUAAAAAACCGAGCAAGAAGAAAAGCCUGGCCAAAGAGCAAGCCACUUUUUGGAUCCGUAUAAAAAACGCCCUGAAGAAAAUGAUGGCAGCGGCCCUUCACCAAGAACAGGGACAGACCACAGAAAAACCACCUCCACCCCCUCCAGCUAAGCAGAAACCUCACGAGCAAAAGUACGAUCUUGUUGAUGUCGUUAAGAAUUUUAUCUGGGGCAAGCCAAAGGAUGCUGCUGAUGACGACGACGAUGACGACGACGAUGAUAAGAAAUCAGAGGGUAAAAAAGAAGGAAAAGAUGACGAUGAUGAUAAAAACGACGAACUACCUGACACGCCUAUUAAAGUUGUCCACGCGAAGGUCAAACAGCCACCACCAAAGGGUGUUAAACUCACCAUCCCCACCCCAACCCAGAAGCUCCAGGUCGAGAAGAAAAUGGCGGCUAAAUCAGUCAACGCAGGCGUCUUGAAACAAGCGGCGUUGAAAUCGGCGGAGGAGGCCAAGAGGAAAGCCCAAGCCCUUAAAGACAACUCGGCAAAACUAAAGCUUACACCACAGCAGAUGCAGCAGCUUCAGCAGCAACACAAGCAACAGGCACUGAAACAGCAGCAAGCGAAGAGCACCUCACCUCCCAAACAAAACACACCACCCCCAAAACAAAACACACCACCACCAAAACAAAGCGCCACACCUAAAAAAGAACCAGUGAAACAAUCCCCUCCCGUACAAAAGCAACAGCCACCCAAGCCCACCCAGAAGCCCCAGCCCACUAAACAAGCUGCUCCUCCCACAAAACAAGACCAACCAAAAUCGGCUACCGUUAAAAAAGUCGAACCCGUAAAGCAGACCCCACAUUUGAAGAAAACAGAAACAACAAAGCAGGCGGUACCUACUAAAUCCCAAGAACCUACGAAACAAACAAACAACGCUAAGCAACAGACAAAAAAGAAAACGGAAUUAUAACUUGACCUUAGAUGCCUGUAUUGAUGUCCAUGGUGUAGAAAAAGCCGAAGUAGUGCUGGCUAACACUGAUAUUACCCAAUAGAUUGCCAUCAACAUUCCAACACUAUUCAGGACAAAAUUAAAAACCAAAAUGGUUUAACAAAAAGAUGUGAUGCUCGGAAAGUGUUGCGUAUCAAGAGUGCGUAUUUAUAUAAGUGUGUUGCAAAAAUAUUUUGUUGUUUUUUUGUUGGGAAAUGUAACUUAUGGGCAAAUUCAGAUAGAAUCUAUAUAUUUUUUAAAUGACGGGCAAAUUUGGAAUUGUGUUGAUGCUUUACAGUAUUUUAGGUGUUGUAAUUUUCUCAAAUUUUCUAAAUAAUUUUACUAGUUUCAACGUCUUUCGAAUGUAACCAAUUCUCUUAUGAUUGGACACUAAUGAAUUUCGAUGUGUUUUUUUAUAUUACUUAAAACAUCUUUCGUAAAGCUAACACUGUGAUGUAUAUUGUCGGACACCUCUUUUAUCUUCUCCACUGUUUGUUACUAUGGCCAAAUUUUUUAUUAAAGAUAAUGGCCAGAUUUUUCAAGGUGCUCAUUUUAAAUCUUUUACCGGUACUAUAAUUCUGAUCAAUUGUGAAUGUUUUUUUUUUCUUUAGGAAUUAAAGUUCUACUUAAUCCGUCCAUUGACCUUCUAUAAAGAAAAGCAUAUCAAAUGGAAAUGUAAAAACCUAUCAAAAUGAGAUGGUAGAUACUAGAUACUUAUAUGGAUAGGUCACUAAAAGAUGUACUCAAUUUUUUUAUUUUUAAAUCCUAACUGUAAUUAAUUUUUUAAAAUAUAUAUUAGAGGCCUACAUAAAAUUCUGUUAAAACUCACAGAAAUAUUGCCCAAAAGUACUCAAUUCCCCCC